AUGGCUUUCAAAUUCAUCAUCCUUGCCGCUUUGGUGGCGAUUGCCAACGCCGACGGUCCGGCCUCCUACAACAUCGAGACAGCAUCAGCUGACCACAAGAGCGUGGGAUACUCCCAGGAAUCAACACAGAAGGGUGCUGGAGGCAAGACCGGCUCGACAAGAUACAACAGCGCUGUCAAGUCGCCACAUGCCUCCGUCCACGUGACAAACGAGCGUGUCAACCACGACACCCAGUACUACAGCCACUCUGCCCAGCCAUCCUACGUUCACUCUGCUCCGAUGGAGGCCAAAACCUACGCCAGCCCUAGCUACCACAACUACGAAGCACCAGUCGCUGCCAAGUCUUACUCCGCGCCAACUUACUACACUUAUCCUAAGCCCUCUCCAGUGAAGGGUCACUCCGCACCUGCCUAUUACACUUACGCUGAGGCUGCUCCGAUGAAGGCUUAUGCUGCACCCGCUUAUCACAGCUAUGUGCAACCUGCACCCGUCAAAUCUUACACAGCCCCAACCAAGGCUGCUACGAUGAAGGCUUACUCAACAGCGGCUUAUCACAGUCAUGCCGAGGUUGCACCAAUGAAGGUUUACACGCCAUCGGCUUAUCACACCUAUGAUGAGGCCCUCGAGACUCCAGCUGCAGGUGCUUAUCACACCUACUCCGAGACUCCAGCCCCCAAGACAUACGAGGCGCAAGCUUAUCAUAGUUAUGCUGAAAGUGCUCCUGCCAAAAAGUACGAGGCGCAAGCUUAUCACAGCUAUGAUGAAAGUGCUCCUGCCAAGGCUUACGAAGCACAAGCUUAUCACGGUUAUGCGGAAACUACCCCCGCACCCAAGACAUAUGGUGCACUGGCUCCAGCAAAGUCAUACUCUGCACCUCCUUACGAAUACGCCGGACAUGGGGUCUCUCAUGCUAGUUUCAAAGGGCUCGGGGCUCAGUACUCCUGGUAA